UUGAUGGUCAUCAAAAUAUUUUCUAAUUUUACCAUGACGACGAGCGGCCCUAUAAAUAAAUGAAACUUUUGAGUUCUCCGCACACUCCACCUAGUCAUUUAAUUAAGUGGAUUGGGAACUUGCAACGGAAUAAUUUUUAAAAUGCGUGAAUGUAUAUCUAUCCAUGUUGGACAAGCCGGGACCCAGAUGGGCAACGCUUGCUGGGAGUUGUAUUGUCUCGAGCAUGGGAUCCAGCCUGACGGUCAGAUGCCGAGUGAUAAGACUUUAGGUGGCGGGGAUGACUCCUUCAAUACCUUCUUCAGUGAGACAGGGGCCGGAAAGCAUGUACCCAGGUGUGUCUUUGUAGAUCUGGAGCCAACGGUUGUUGACGAGAUUCGCACUGGAACCUAUCGUCAACUCUUUCACCCGGAGCAGUUGAUCACCGGUAAGGAAGAUGCUGCUAACAACUACGCCCGUGGUCACUACACAAUUGGGAAAGAACUUGUUGACCUUGUUCUUGACCGGAUCCGGAAGCUGGCCGAUCAGUGCACAGGUCUACAAGGCUUCUUAAUAUUUCAUUCAUUUGGAGGCGGAACGGGAUCUGGAUUCACUUCACUCCUCAUGGAGCGUCUCAGUGUAGAUUAUGGCAAAAAAUCGAAGCUGGAGUUUUCCAUUUACCCAGCGCCGCAGAUUUCGACUGCCGUCGUAGAACCAUACAACUCCAUAUUGACAACACACACAACGUUGGAACAUUCGGACUGCGCCUUUAUGGUCGAUAACGAGGCUAUAUACGAUAUUUGCCGCCGUAACCUUGACAUUGAGAGACCAACAUACACAAAUCUUAACCGUCUGAUUGGACAGAUUGUCUCGUCAAUCACAGCCUCACUCCGGUUUGACGGUGCCCUUAAUGUGGACUUGACAGAAUUCCAGACCAACUUGGUACCAUACCCACGUAUCCACUUCCCGCUCGCCACCUACGCUCCAGUCAUUUCCGCCGAGAAGGCUUACCACGAGCAGCUCUCCGUUGCAGAGGUCACCAACGCUUGCUUCGAACCAGCUAACCAGAUGGUGAAAUGUGACCCACGUCACGGCAAAUACAUGGCCUGCUGCAUGCUGUACCGUGGUGACGUCGUCCCAAAAGACGUCAACGCCGCCAUUGCUACUAUCAAGACUAAGAGAACCAUUCAGUUUGUAGACUGGUGCCCAACUGGUUUCAAAGUUGGCAUCAAUUACCAACCACCAACAGUGGUUCCCGGCGGAGACCUUGCGAAAGUACAACGUGCCGUUUGCAUGUUGAGCAACACAACAGCUAUCGCGGAAGCCUGGGCACGUCUUGACCAUAAAUUUGAUCUUAUGUAUGCGAAAAGAGCAUUUGUCCACUGGUAUGUCGGCGAGGGCAUGGAAGAAGGUGAAUUUUCCGAGGCUCGGGAAGACCUAGCUGCCCUAGAGAAGGACUACGAAGAGGUUGGAGUUGACAGUGUGGAAGGCGAGGAGGAGGAGGACGAAGAGUACUAAAGGAGUAAAUGUAUCACUGAAUGGGCAUGAUGUUGCAUACAUUUCUUAUUUGUUAAGAUAGAUCCUACAGAAGAAUAAACAUUCCCUGUUUAUUGUUCCUGUACUUUUCUACGAUAGCUGUCGCAUAUUAAUAAAUCUCAGACAAAAUAAAAGUUAUAAAACUAUGCUGAACACUCACUAAAGAAACAAAAAAAAUCCUGAAGUUCUGAAGCAAAGAAUGGAUCUAAAAUAGGAAAUUCUAUUGUAAUGCUUUGUCUGCUCUUCAAUGACAUUAAAGUUACUAUUACUAGAUCUAUUAACAUUAUGGAUGUUCUGCUUAUAUUGUUUCAAGUUGGACGUUUGGCUUCGUGUACCCCCGUCUUUAAUGUGAUUUAGCUUUGUUGCAGUAUUGUAACAACGUUCCCCUAUUUUAACGGUUACUUACCUUUACUGUUAUUUACCUACAAAAUUAGGUGACUAAUGACUAAAGUGGCUUUAAGGAGAUACACAUAUGGACAUACUAUAGGUAG